GCUUGGCACCCACCCCAUCCCCAGCCCCAACCUACUGUAUAUAAACUGAAGAAGGUCUCUGGUCUCCAGAGUAGGCAGAAAGCAGCUUUUCAUCAUGGGUUUUCUGCGGCUGUUUUUUACCUCAGCUUUACUCUAUGCAUCACUACUACCUGGGGACUGCAUCACAGGAGGUAAGGAGGCUAAAGCACACUCUCGCCCCUACAUGGCCUCGCUGCAACUGGGAGGCAAACACCAGUGUGGUGGAUUUCUGAUCUCCAGCCAGUGGCUCAUGAGCGCUGCCCACUGCUUCCAGGACGACACAGGUUUUAAGGUGGUGUUAGGAGCUCAUUCAGUAUCUCAGCCAGAGGACACCAAACAAACCUUCGACAUCGCCGCCUACUAUCCUCAUCCUGAUUUCAGCACAGAGAACUAUGACAAUGACAUUGUUUUGGUGAAGCUUAAUCAGCCAGUCACAGAAACUGCUGCGGUGAAGCCAGUGAAGUUCCAGCAGGCUGGUGGGACUGACCCUGCAACUAAUGCAGAAGUGGACACUGCAGGAUGGGGUGCCAACAGCUGGGGCCAGAGGCUAGAUCAACUGCAGGAGCUGACCAUUACCAUGUUGCCCAGACAUCGCUGUAACAGCUAUGGUGUGGCCUUCACAGACAACAUGUUCUGUUCCGCCAAACCACGCAUGGACACCUGUGAUGGUGAUUCUGGUGGUCCUCUGCUCUACAAUGGUAUUGCAGUGGGGAUAACUUCAAAUGGAGGAAGGAGCUGUGGUUCCACCAGGAAGCCUGGACUCUACACUAUCAUUUCUCACUACAGCGACUGGAUCACCAGCACUAUGACCAAAUAGCAUGUCAGCAGAUUUUUUCAUAAAAUGAGCAGAUCUGUUUUUAUUGUGCUAUCUGAAUAAUUCUACGCACAUUAUAUCUCUCACAUUCAAGAGCUUUUCUUAUAACUGUCUUUGUUGUACUGUUGCACAUUUGUUUAAUGAGCUUAUAGUCUGAGUUGAUCUCAGAGUAGAUUUUUUUAUGAACCAAAAUAAAGAAUGCAUUCAUUCUUGGAUAUUUUUAUAUUUUUUCCUUUUUCCAUUAUAUAUAUGUAUUUUCUGUUUGCAUUAUAUAUAUGUAUUUUGCUGCAAUACAUAAUAAAUGUUUAUAAACACA